GAUCCGUUUUCCUCCACGUUUUGGUGGCGUCCAGUGACAGAACACUUUACCUCUAGGUACACCUACUGAUUUGUCACAAUGUCGUAUAUGUUGUCUCACCUGACGAAUGGGUGGCAAGUGGAUCAAGCAAUUUUGUCAGAGGAAGACCGUGUUGUGGUGAUUCGCUUUGGUCACGAUUGGGAUCCUUCCUGUAUGGUGAUGGACGAAACACUGUUCAAGAUUGCCGAAGCAGUGAAAAAUUUCGCCGUCAUUUACCUGGUCGAUAUAACUAAGGUGCAGGAUUUCAACAAAAUGUACGAACUAUAUGACCCGUGUACUGUCAUGUUCUUUUAUCGCAACAAACAUAUUAUGAUUGAUCUUGGCACGGGAAAUAACAAUAAGAUUAAUUGGCCCAUCGAAGAUGGGCAAGAACUUGUGGACAUAAUCGAGACUGUGUAUAGGGGAGCCCGCAAGGGCAGGGGUUUGGUAGUGUCUCCAAAGGACUAUUCUACCAAAUAUCGGUACUAAAUUGCGUUUUGCUCUCACUGCACCUGUACAUUCUACUCUCCUCUUGGUUUCAUAAUAUUUUUGAGUAGCUGCGUUGCUAAGAAUAUAGUAUUUUUUCUCAACCGCUUCUGAUUCCCCUUUUCCACAACUUGUCACCGGUGUAUCCCGCAGGUGUAUUGCUCAGUACCAAUGUGGCAAACUUGUAACGUUGUUUUUGCGAUAAUCGGUAUCUCGAACCUCAUUGCCCCGUAAAUCUUUCUAUGUUUAAUUUCACACCUUUUGGAAAAUCUUCCUUUCGCUUAUGUCACUUUCAUUCUCCUGGCUUCUCGCUAUCUAUGGAAGAGUCCUUAAGGGAGUUUUUGGCACUUUAAAAAUCUCCACCACGGCAUUUUUCUGUUGGCCAACUCGUAGUCCACACUGAGUUUCCCUAGUUUUCUACCAGAAAUGUACAUCCUAAUGUUCUUUACGUAUCAUUCAGCAUUAUGUGUAGCACCAUGAUACGUCGAGCUAGUUCUUCUUCGGCUCUGCAAUUAUUGGAAGUCGCCUUCGUUUCACCCUGCCGCUACUCAAUCAUCGA